CAACACAGUAACGUGUGCUUUGCGCCCGAUGCGGGGAUACUCACCUCUCCCUCGGGGCCGACGACGGGCUGGCACGUGCGAAAGCCACAGCUUAUCUGUGGAAUGACGCCGCUUACGACUGAGUGCGAUAUGUCUCCAGAGCGUGCCUCUUCCCCACUUCCACUCCUUCACAUCGCUCAUCAACGUUUCUCAGAUCUCACUCACUCGCUGACCUCAUUCUCCAGCACCAGCAAGCUGUCGCCCACAUCGUGUCUCAUUUCGCCUUUCCUCCAGCCAUCCUCCAACACACCCUCACCACAAAAUGCCAAGCGCCAAGGCCCUCCCCUCCAGCGUGCCCCUCCCCACUCCCUCAAGCGAGCCCAGGACCCGCCACACCGCGCCCCUCCCCAACACUGCCGCCAACCCAUACGUGACCUACAUCCCAGCACACCUCGUCGCGCCCCUCCCCACCCACCCCGAGUUUCAACACGACCCACACCUUCCAGAAGCACUCGGGAGGCCGGAUCCCGCGCGCCGCCUGCGCCAGACUCUCGCGCCGAUCCUAGACCCGCUGGCGCCUAGCGCCCUCCCUCCUGCCCGCGUGCCGGCCCACGACCCUCCUAAGCCCGAUGUCGAGGCACCGGUCCUACCAAGGCUGCCGAAGCCUGCGGAGAAAGUACUCGACCCCGUCGAGUUCCGCCCGCUCAAGCUCAUCGGCAAGAGCAGGCUAUCCCACAAUACUGCUCGGUAUCGUCUCGCCCUCCCCCGUCCCAACGACUCCCUAGGCCUUCCAGUCGGACAGCACGUGUCGCUCGCUGCCAACAUCAACGGGCGACGCGUAGUGCGCUCCUACACACCUACAUCGCUGGACUCCGAGCUCGGAUACUUUGACCUCGUGGUCAAAACGUAUGACAACGGGCUGAUGAGCACUUACCUCGAUCAUCUGCCCAUCGGCGCGGAGAUCGAGGUGCGUGGCCCUAAAGGCCAGUUCAACUACACCCCCUCGCUGGCCAAACACCUCCUCCUCGUCGCGGGAGGGAGCGGGAUCACACCAAUGUACCGUAUUAUCAAGAGCGCUGCGCUGGACGGGACGGACAAGACCAAGAUGUGCCUCAUAUUCGCCAACAUUGCCGAGGAGGACAUUUUGCUCCGCAAUGAACUCGAGUACCUCGCGUCCAAGUCGCAUGGGCGUCUCACCAUUCACUACGUCCUCGAGCGCCCGCCACCUGGGUGGACAGGAGGAGUAGGGUAUGUGACGCGCGAGAUGCUCGAGGAGCGCCUCCCACCCGGAGGCCCUGCAGGCGGCAAAGUAUUGCUGUGCGGACCGCCCGGUAUGACCAAGGCGGUUAAGAACGCACUCAAGGAAAUGGGUUAUUACGUGCCACGCCGGCCCAGUAUGAUCGAGGACGACAUCUUCGUGUUUUAAUGGCUGAGUAGCGGCCGAGCUCGCGACCAUGAUAGUGUUUAUGCCACAUGAUACGCAGUUCUGCUCCGCUGGAGACAUACAGGCGAGAACGGCAGAAUGGUGCGUCCGGCGCCGACGUGGCGCUA